AUGGCCGCAGACAGCGCGCCAACGGAGUCCAGUGCUGUGCAGCACGAGUCGAUCCCCCGGGCUGCAUACCCGAUUGCUGCCCACCAUCUCUUGGAGAUGACCACGUCGAUAAGAGGACUCGACUUGCUACGCUGCGACCUGGCCUUCGGGUCCUUAUGCCAUUCCAUGGGACUGACGGAAGGGAUCACGCGUGAGCAUCCUCACCUCAGUGAUCUGCGCUUCGGCUUUGGCGUCUACCAGCCAGAUGAGGUUCUCUUGGCUUCGUCCUUUGUCCUGCGUCAUCAGUCGUGGCGAAGGCUUUUGGUGAGCACAGCGCUCGUGGCAAAUUGGGCGGGCGAGCAUGAUUACGAUGCAGUCGAUCCUCAUGAGGGACUGGAGCGGGCCGCCGACGUGUUGAAGGGGUUGUCCCCGUAG